AUGCAUGUAGAGGCCAGAGGAAUAUUCCCUGGAAACUCAGUGCCCACAGAGAGCAGGCUCACCAACAGCUGUAUCCAGGCCAAGAAAAAGUGCCAGGCUGACCCCGCUUGCAAGGCUGCCUAUCACCACCUGGGAUCCUGCACCUCCAGCCCAAGCACCCCAUGGCCCUCAGAGGAGGGCAUGUCUUCCAUGUCUGCAGACUGCCUGGAGGCAGCGCGACAACUCAGGAACAGCUCUCUGAUAGGCUGCGCAUGCCACCGUCGCAUGAAGAACCAAGCUACCUGCCUGCAGAUAUACUGGACUGUUCACCCUGCGCGCAGCCUUGGUGACUACGAGUUGGACGUCUCCCCCUAUGAAGACACAGUGACCAGCAAGCCUUGGAAAGUGAAUCUCAGCAAGCUGAACAUGCUUAAACCAGACGCCGACCUCUGCCUCAAGUUUGCUACGCUGUGUACUCUCAACGACAAGUGUGACCAGCUGCGCAAAGCCUUCGGGAAGGCCUGCUCCGAGACGCACUGCCAGCGCCGCGCCUGCCUCGCGCAGCUGCGCGCCUUCUUCGAGAAGGCGGCGGAGCCGCAGGCGCAGGGCCUGCUGCUGUGCCCGUGCGCGCCCACCGAUGCCAGCUGUGGGGAGCGCAGGCGCAACACCAUCGCGCCCAGCUGCGCGCUGCCACCCGUGACUCCCAACUGCCUGGACCUGCGGAGGCUCUGCCACACCGACCCGCUGUGCAGAUCCCGCCUGGUGGAUUUCCAGACCCACUGUCAUCCUGUGGGCAUCCAAGGAACUUGUGCCACAGAGCAGUCCAGAUGUCUGCGGGCAUACCUGGGGCUGAUUGGGACUGCCAUGACCCCAAACUUCAUCAGCAGGGUCAAUGCCAGUGUUGCCUUAAGCUGCACCUGCCGAGGCAGUGGCAACAUGCAGGAGGAAUGUGAGCAGCUGGAAAAGUCCUUCUCUCAGAACUCCUGCCUCAAGGAAGCCAUUGCAGCUAAGAUGCGUUUCCACAGCCAGCUCUUCUCCCAGGACUCGCCAGACACUACCUUUUCUGUGAUGCCACAACAGAAUAAAAACCCUGCUGUGUGGCCACAGCCCAGGCUACCUUUUCUUUCCUUUUGCACAUUUACCUUGCUUCUACUUCAGACCCUCUGGUAGCUGGCCUGCCCCAGGGUCCUCCUUCCUGCGCAUCACACCCAGACUGACUUGCGUCCUGUGAGGGUGAGAAACGAUAGCAUCCAGAAGGGAGCGCGGUGUGCGUGCACCCCAGCCUCCGUCACCACGCACCUCACCUGGCCCAUCCACGAUGCUCCAGAUGAGGCCAUAGUAGAAGCGAGGAGCUGUGGCCACCAGAUCCUGAUUAGCUAGUUCUCCUUCCCUCCUGUCUUACCUCUGCUUCUUAGGCUGCCUCUCCCCAGGAUUUGGUGACCACAGUAUAACCCUAUCUUCGGUGGUGACUGGCUUCUUCCUCCUUCCUCUGCCUGUCCACCAGGAUCACCGAGAGUCUGACAAGUCAAUCACUUCCUAUUGCAUUCUCCAGGUAGUCAGGGCAGGGAGUUCUGGAGCAACCCAGCAAGAUAUUCUCCUUAUGAGGAAGGCUGGAGCUCCUAUCCCCUCAUCCCCUCCUCUGGAUGGAGGAGGGGAAUGGCUGCCUGCACUACUGUGCUCCUGGGAUCCUGAACAUUUGGUCAUCAAGAGCUGAAUGAAGCCUUUGGGCCUUGCUUUAUUACUGCUACCAUCCCCAAGUUCCCCUAGCCCCUUGGAUCAUGAUUAAACAUUUUGACCAAUA